AUGUCUCUCCCGCUGAAGUACGUCCUCCUCCUCCUUCUCUUGGCCCCCACUGUCCUCCUCGCCGCCGAGUCAGAGGCCGCGCUUGAUGCUGCUGCAAGAACCUGCUCCGGCGGGGAGUGCGCCGGCGGCGGCGAGGAGGAGGAGGCGGCGAUGCCGACGGAGUCGAGCAGGCGAGCGCUGGCGGCCACUAGGUACGUGAGCUACGACGCGCUGAAGAAGGACAGAGUGCCGUGCAACCAGCGAGGGCAGUCGUACUACAACUGCCAGCAGCACGGGAAGGCCAACCCUUACCGGCGCGGCUGCACCAUCAUCACCAGAUGCGCCAGGAUGCUCAAUUGA